CCAGUAAGAUACAUGCAAGUACAAUAGAGCUUGUCACGAAGUUGCACGCUGCUAUUUCCAGGUUUGCUACUGCAGUGUCGGUACAUCCUUCUUACAUUUUUUGCUUGAAACCCAAAACAUCAUGUCCGUUUCCAAAGUGCGUCAAAACUUCCACCAGGAAGCCGAAGCAGGCGUCAACAAGCAAGUCAAUCUGGAGUUGUACGCCUUCUACACCUACCGCUCUAUGGCUCACUAUUUCGACCGCGACGACGUCGCGCUUCCCGGGUUCAGCAAAUACUUUCUCAAAGCGUCGGACGAAGAGCUGGAGCACGCCGACAAACUGAUGAAAUACCAGAACAUGCGCGGCGGUCGCAUCGUCCUGCAGGACGUUAAGAGACCGGAGAAGGACGAGUGGGGCAGCGGCGCAGACGCGAUGGAGGCUGCACUCGCUCUCGAGCGGCACGUCAAUCAGUCGCUGCUCGAUUUGCACAAGGUCGCUGACGCUCACGGCGACGCUCAGGCUCACCAUUUCGACCGCGAUGACGUCGCUCUUCAUGGCUUUCACAAGUUCUUCAAGGAGUCGUCCGACGAAGAGCUCGAGCACGCCGACAAACUGAUGACAUUUCAGAACAAACGCGGCGGCCGCGUUGUCCUGCAGGACAUCAAGAAGCCGGAGAAAGACGAAUGGGGAUCGGGUUUGGACGCCAUGCAAGUGGCUCUGGCGCUGGAAAAGCAUGUCAACCAGUCGCUGCUUGAUCUGCACAAAAUUGCAGACAGGCACGGCGACGCUCAGAUGAUGGACUUCAUCGAGGGCGAGUAUCUCAAGGAGCAAGUGGAUGCCAUCAAGAAGAUUGGCGAUCAUGUUACCAACCUGAAACGUGUCGGUCCCGGAUUGGGUGAAUACCAGUUCGACAAGGAGACCCUCGAUUCUUGAAGAUGCUGUCCGAGGAUUCCGAUUUAGGACGCUUGAGGCGCUGGUUGUGUUGUGCUUAGUAGUGCUAGCUGCAUAGCGCGCUAGUGAUGCGUUGUGAUUGAAAGUAGCAAUUUGUUGUUGUUGUGUUGCCAAAAAUCUUACUCAAAAUAUCGAAAUGCAAGUUGAAAUUUGAAGACACA